AUGUCCCUUGCAUCCAACGACGAUCAACAAAAGGUCAAGAUGACUUUUCAAGGUCACGAUUGGCGCUCUACGAUGGACCUCUCCUCCGACGAAGCUCUAGCGGUAUGGAAUUUCAUACACAAUCGGACGCGCUUGAUGGGCUCAGCAGCUCCGACAAGCAGCUCGAGUCCUGGAAUAUUGGUGAGGUGUGACGAGACGUGUUUUGCGGAGCGAGAGAUCGAAUCUGAAGCGAUGCUGCAUUUCAGGCUAUCGAAGCUGGCCCAUGCCCUUCCGGGCCUCUUCCAGCACAUCCGGGACCUGCACGCCCAGCAUUCACCAGCACCGCUUCCACCCUGCCGCACGCUUCGAAAGCCUGUCCGAUUAGUGAUGCGCACCCCAAGCCCAAGCCUUUGAAGAGGACGGUUCCAAGCCACUCGCGCAUGACCAAGAAACAAAAAAAGGCACAGAAGUUGAGCGCUCAGUCUCAGCCAGGUGAGUAGCAAGGAGGUGACAGCGUGGAUCGGUGAUGAAAGACUGCUGAGCUUGAGCGAGGCAAACAACUCACUAGCGGCCACUGCAUUGGGUUUUCUUUUCCCUCCUUGCAAGACACUCUGGCAAGGCCGUCUUCCGGAACACUCUGCUUGA